GUGGUCCGGAGUCGUGACCGAUCCCGUGAAGAUUGGCGGAUUUAGGCUGCUGCUAGGCGCCCGCCGAAAGCUUACUGGAAGCGAAGCAAGUACACUAGUGCAAAAUUUUCGAACCAGUGGAAGUCGCGAUGGAGGUCGGUACAGCCGCUAUCGAGAAAAUUAGCAAAGAGGAAACUAUUAGGCUCCGUGACAUUUACAUCGGUUUCCUUUUAGGCAACCGAGCCCUUACCACCGCCAACGCUGCCUCCUUUCUGCGUGCAACCUCCACCUCCACCCACCAAGACCUCAAGAGCAGCUCCUCGGGAGGGCAUCGCCUUUUCCCAGGCUGUUUGCAGUGUUUCCCCACGGGAGGCGCAGACUCUCUUAGCGCGGGUGCGCCGAGAGAAACUGACGCCGUGCCUCGAAUGAGGCAGAACGAGAGACUGGGUAUGCCUCCCGUCGCACUGGACCCGUUGGCAGACGGACGAACAGUCUUAGGUUGUUGCUGUUAGAGCGGCAUUGGCCUUGCCUCCAUGUGGCUGGCACGUGUCCGGCUUUCCUCCACAGUGCGGGUGGUUCACGUCGCAUCGUCCGGUGGUAAACGCUUGUUUCACGGCAUAAGAGGGGAAGGUAAACAACUUUGAUCUUUUCUCUUCUUUUUUCAUUUUCGAGUGUGUGUGCACGAAUGAACUGAGAGCGUAUGGGACACGUGUCUGGUUGUGUGCGUGCAAGAGCUGUGCGUCGUGUUUCUGUCCAGUCCCUCCCUUUUAGCUUUUGCAGCCAGGUCGGCCAAGCGUUGCCGACGAGUCUGCGGAGCUUUUUUUCCUCCCGCCUCCCCCCUCCCCCCCCCCUUUUUCGUGCUUGUUUUUCCAGCGACAUUUUUUUGUUUCGUCCUUCGUUUUCUUUCAGACAUUGCCCUUCCCCUCUCAUAUGGCCGCAAGCGAGUUGUAGUCCCUGUCAGCUGCGAAACAGCUCUCGGAACGCGAGUUUCUCCGACUGUCGCUUGACCACUGAAUGCCUUUUGCUUGAGCUUUCAACCGGAACUGUGGAGCUGUCUCCCAACAGGCAGUGACCUUUUGUGACAAGAGUCUUGAAGAAUGAAGUGCAGAGAUUGACCGCGCACCUUCCUGUGGGUUCGUUUCCGCAGGAAGUCGUGCACAGUGUUCUUCAAGUCCAACGGGCCCCUGAAGAUAGUCCGCGGUCAAGGACAGUACAUGUACGACGAGUGUGGCAACGAGUACCUGGACUGCAUCAACAAUGUCGCACAUGUGGGUCAUUGCCAUCCCCACGUGGUGAAGGCCGGAGCCGAGCAGAUGUCUCAGCUGAGCACCAACAGCCGUUACCUGCACGACAACCUGGUGCUGUACGCCCAGCGGCUCACCAACUACUUCCCCAACAAGCUCUCGGUCUGCUAUUUUGUCAACUCUGGAUCCGAGGCCAAUGACCUGGCCAUGCGACUUGCACGGUGCUACACGAAGAACAAAGACAUCAUAUGUUUGGACGGUGCGUACCACGGUCACCUGCAAUCCACGACGGCCAUCAGUCCGUACAAGUUCGACCACAUCGUGGGCUGGCAGAAAAAGAAGUCGGUGCACGUGGCUCCCCUGCCGUGCACAUACCGGGGCAAGUACCGAGCCUCUGACCACCCGGGUGAAGACCUGGGGCUCAAGUAUGCCAAGGAGGUGCUCAACAUUAUCAACCAGGCCCACUCGGAUGGACGCCGCAUCGCCGCCUUCAUCUGCGAAUCGCUCGUGAGCUGCGGCGGCCAGCUGCCCCUGCCCGACAACUACCUGAGGAACGCCUACAAGUAUGUGAGGGAAGCCGGAGGGGUGUGCAUUGCCGACGAAGUCCAGACUGGGUUUGGCAGGAUAGGCAAGCACAUGUGGGGUUUCCAGCUCCAAGGAGAAGACGUGUGCCCAGACAUUGUGGCACUGGGCAAGCCCAUUGGCAACGGCCACCCCAUCGCCGUGGUCGUCACUACUAAAGAGAUUGCACGGAGCUUUGAGGCACAGGGUGCCGAGUACUUCAACACGUAUGGCGGCAACCCGGUGUCUGUCGCGAUUGCCGCUGCGGUCCUGGAUGUGAUCGAGAAUGAAAAGUUACAGCAGCAUGCCGAGGAUGUUGGGAACUACCUGAUCAACUCGCUGAAGGAGCUUCAGCAGAGGCAUCAGCUCAUAGGAGAUGUCAGGGGUCAUGGCCUGUUCGUUGGCGUUGAAUUGGUUCUUGACCGCAACACGAGAGAGCCUGCAACAGAAGAAGCCAGUCUGCUUUCUCUGAGGCUCAAGGAGCAGCGCGUCUUGCUGAGCACCGAGGGCAGGUACGGCAACGUGCUCAAGUUCAAGCCGCCCAUGGUGUUCACCCGAGCCAACGUGGACUCUGUCGUGGAGAAGCUGGACGUUCACCUCAGGAAGAUCGAGGAGCAGCUGGGGAUGUCGUUCCGCUUUGAAAACAUCACCGACGCCCUCACGAGCAGCGUGGAGUCCCUUUCCACUGCGUCUUCGCUCGAUUCGCUGGAAGAGAGUUCUGAAGAAGAUCUGUCCUCGUCCUCUUAGGAGUUUUGCACGAUCUUGCUCGAGGGGUCGGCGGGAGUGGAGACUUUACUACUUAGCUCUCUCCUCUCUCUCUCUCUGCCACCGCCACUUCUCUCGUCUAUUCCUCCUAACUUAUUUCCGGAGUUUGGAUGCAGUUUUCGUCUCGAAGCGUUUCCGAAUUGCCAUAUAUAUAUAUAUACAUAUUCUAUUUUGGCUGGUAUCCAGCCUUGCCUUGAGCAACAUUUGUAGAGAAAAGUGUUCUUGAGGUCGAAAGAAGAGAGGUUUUAAUGCAAGUUUUUAAACUGAAUCAUAGUCUUCCAUCUCUUUCAUCAUGUCUCUUUUAUAUGCAAUGCUACUUGUAUAGACUGCUGCCAUUUUUCUUCGUUUUUCUCUCUUGAAAUCUGCAAGUAAAAGAAUGACAGCUAUUAUGUCAUUUUGAGACAA